AUGACUCUAACCGAACUCCAAAAGCUGAACGUGACGCAGCUUAGGCUCUUGUGUAAGGAGAAAAAAAUCACUGGCUACUCGAAAACACCUAAGGAGGUUCUCAUCGAAAAACUAUUGGCUUGGCAAAAACCUCAACCGACGCCAUUGAAAAAGAUCGUCUCUUUGGCCUACAUUGCUUGCGACAUAGCUCAACCUGCUGGAACGACAGACAAUUCAACUCUGGGAACAGAAACCUAUACUGCGAUACCAGACAGCUCUUCAACGGCCUAUAUUGAAGCUCUGACAACUCAUGCAUCACAGAACGGCGCUCGACAUGUAGCAGCGCCUUCUGGUUCCGCCUAUGUAACGUCCAUGACUCCUCCGACUUCUAUCAAGCGACCUGCGACUGAAAGUGGUCAAGUAUAUGCGCGCAAAAUAGUCAAAGUGUCGCACAGGAGCAACCAGGAACCGCCUUCGAAAUACCCAGAUGAAAAGGCCAAAUCUACUGGGAACACAGCGAAUUCGAAUCCUAUGAGCAUCUUGGACGCACAACAAAUCACCAACGACAUCUGGGAGAUAACUACUCAUUCAGCGUCUUCGAUUUCCUCUUAUUACAUUCUGGAGGGUACCUGUGAAGUCAUAGGACACCCUCCUGCUUCUCAGAUGAAACCCUCUGACGUUGUUCAUCUUCGAGCAGAUUGGUCGGCGUACAUUGGUGCUAGAAUCAGGAAAGGAGAGAGCGGUGCAGUCGACCUACGGCAAAAUCCUGACUUGUUGGACCAACUACAAUGGACCAAUCAUGAGGAGUACGACAAAGGCCUCACACGGCGUUAUGUCUUAGCCUGCGUAGUGGGUAACAGUGUUAGCGGUCCCUGGUUGUCGUCCAGUGAGAUGCAUCAAGAAUUCAGUGGCCUCCAAAGCCAUGUAUCAACGACCCGCGAUCACAGGACUCAAAGAGUGAACCUGUUCCUCCCAGCACACCACCAUGUCGAAAGUGUGCACUUCUCUUCGAGCGGAAAUCGUGCAUUGCAUCCUGCUGUUGCCGCUGUCCAAACCCCUAGAAGAGAGUAUUUCAUUCUGCGCGACAACGGAAUGCAAAUUGGAUGCGAAGAAGAGGGCAUUGCUCCUGUGUGGAUGAAGAUAUUGGGGUGUACAGCAAUUGGGGUUCACCAUGGGUGA